AUGAAGCUUAAUACUAUAGUAAUACGUUGUUAUGCGGCUGAUGAUGAUACAAAUGAGGACUUUUUAGAAGAAGCUGAGAGUCGAUAUAGUCCAAAAGUUAUUGAAAUAAGUGAUUAUAUUCCACAUCCUAAUUGUGAUGGCGUAUUACAGUCAUUUGCUCAUUUUCCGUGGGAUUCUGAGGAUGAUAAAACUUAUCUUGGUGUAAUG